UAAUACUUUUAUUCAGCAAAUGCAUUAAAUUGAUCAAAAGUGACAUAAUUCUAUUUAUUAUAUAUUCAUAUUUAUAUACAACAGGCAAAUAUCAUCGCCACAGUAAAUCUGUUUUGUAACAUGCAGCCAUAUUGUGAUUUAAUCCGAAUGCAUCAAAUAAGAUCAGAGGUCUCCUGCUGUUACAUAAGCUCAUAGUCUCAGUCACUCUUUCAAGACUAACUCCUUGUCUUCCAUGAUAUAUUCCUGGAAAUCUCUCGCUAUCAAAUCAAAAGACGCUUAAGCUAUAAUCAACUCAAUCCCCUGUAAUCCUCCGUUGGGUUUAAAUAGCAGACAAUGCAAUUAUCCUGGACACUCAAUCUCAAAAAAGUCAUUGAGAAAAUGGGCAACGCUAAAAGUGGAGCCCUUUCCAAAGAGCUUCUGGAGGAUCUGAAGAUGAACACUAAAUACUCCGAGGAGCAGCUGUACGUUUGGUACCAGAAGUUCCUGAACGAAUGCCCGACGGGCCGCAUCAGCCAAGAGCAGUUCGAGAACAUCUACGCCAGCUUCUUCCCAGACGCAGAUCCCAAGGCUUACGCUCAGCACGUCUUCAGGAGCUUCGACGCCAACAGCGACGGAACGCUGGACUUUAAAGAAUACAUCGUGGCUCUGCAUCUGACCUCCUCGGGGAAGACCGUGGAGAAGCUCGAGUGGGCCUUCGCUCUCUACGACGUGGACAGGAACGGAACCAUCACCAAAAACGAGAUUCAUGAAAUAGUGAAGUCAAUAUUCAACAUGAUCUCCAAAGAAGACCAAAAAAACCUUCCGGAUGAUGAGAACACGCCAGAAAAACGAACAGAAAAAAUUUGGGACUUUUUUGGGAAGAAAGAAAAUGGUAAAAUAACAGAAGGAGAGUUCAUUCAAGGAGUUAUGGACAAUAAGAACAUUCUCCGCCUGAUUCAGUUUGACGAACCCCAAAAGGUCCAAGAAAGGCUCAAAGAGAAGAAGCAGUAAUGUGUUUAAAUAGCUGUUUUAGUUUGAUCUGAUUCUUUUAAAUAAAGUGUAAAAGUUCAUGUGCACUGCAACAUUUUUGAUUUCUUUUGUUACAUGUUGACUGAGAUAAAACGAUUGAUAGGAAUUCAAUUCAAUGUGUGCCAUGAAAUGUACAUGUAAAAAUGCUGUUUAUUACCACCAACGUGCAGUAUAAAACAUAACGGACGGUUAAAAAUGGCAACAUCAACAGGAAUGCAUUUAAUUUUCCUCUGCAUGUCAUGAAAUACACUGAUACAAACAGUCCAUUGGCAAAAAGGGUCAAAAGACACGGUCACAUUCACUGUCAUUGCCAUCCAUGUGAGGUGGAACCACAUCAAAUUUAUGUAAA